GAAGCACAUUGCCAUUGUGAAAAAAAAGUAAACACGGACUCACGGAAGCUUCUGCUUGCAUGCUCGCAUAUUGUUAUAAAGAUUGUUCAUGGAAAGUGUUCCCAUCAUCGAGCAAUAUAAUGGCUGAUGGAUUUGAUGCUGGGAUGGUGGUGGAGAGCUCCAGGAGAGCCUUUGACGCAGGCAAGACAAGAUCGUAUGAAGCGAGAAUCACACACCUACAUAACCUGAGACGGAUGAUCGCAGAGAACAAGCAAGCGUUUGUUGAUGCUUUAUACAAAGACCUCAGGAAGCCCGAGUUUGAAGCCGUCACCUUUGAAGUAGACUUCUGUCAUAAUGAUUGUGUCCUAGCCAUCAAUGAACUCAAACAAUGGAUGAAACCAGAGAAGGUUGCUAUCCCCUUUGCAGGAGUUGGCAAACAGUGCUACAUCCAGAGAGACCCACUAGGAGUGGUGCUAAUUAUCGGAGCCUGGAACUAUCCCUUUCAGUUGCCUAUACACCCACUCAUAGGAGCCAUAGCGGCAGGUAAUACAGCUGUUAUCAAACCAUCUGAAAUAAGCCCAGCGACUGCUAAACUCUUUGAAGAACUCUUUCCCAAGUACAUGGACAGUAGCUGUUUCCCAGUGAUUAAUGGUGAUGCCGUUGUGACGACGGCCCUUCUAGAGCAGCGGUUUGAUCAUAUCUUCUAUACUGGCAACAGCACGGUAGGGAAGAUUGUACAGACGGCUGCGGCUAAACAUCUUACUUCGGUUACUCUGGAACUGGGAGGAAAGUGCCCCUUCUACAUUGGCUCCAACUGUGACAUUGAUGUUGCCAUCCAUCGCACUGCUUCAGCCAAGUUCUAUAACUCUGGCCAGACCUGCGUUGCGCCUGACUUCAUCAUCUGCCACAGGGACCAGACGGACAGGGUGGUCUCGAGCCUGAAGAAGGCGCUCAAGGAAUUCUUUGGUGAUAACCCCAAGAAGUCCAAAGACUACGGCAGGAUGGUCAACGUCAGGCAUUUCAAACGUGUUUGCGCCCUCCUAGACGGACAAGAGAUAGUGAUCGGAGGAGAGUCUGAUGAAGAUGAUCUCUACAUCGCACCCACUGUGGUCGUUAAUGCCAAGGAUACAGACAGGAUCAUGCAAGAUGAAAUUUUUGGUCCUGUUUGGCCUAUCUUGAACCUGGAUAGUGCAGAGGAAGCCAUUCGUUACAUCAAUAGCAGGGAGAAGCCUCUUGCUCUGUACGUCUUCUCCAGUGACAGGGGUGUCAUAGAUCAAUUCCGUAACCAGACCUCGAGUGGGAUGUUCAGCGGCAACGAGUGCUUCGUACAGGGAGGGGUUGAGACUCUGCCAUUUGGAGGCAUAGGGAACAGUGGCACAGGGAAUUAUCACGGCAGGUUCACAUACGAGGCUUUCUCGCAUCGCAAGGCAUGUAUGGUAGACCCCAUGUACACCGUAUCUGAACUGGUCCGAAGGUUAUUCUACGCACCAUUCACGGAUCGUAAGACAUCCAUCAUUGCCUGGGCACUGAGAAAGAAACUCAAGAAUAGGACCAUGUCUAUGUUCCUUCGAGUGGCCGUAGUCGUGGUGCUACUAGCUGUGCUUUACAAGGUUUUUCUAUCUUAAUGGCCAGUCUUCAUGCAAUGGAGAUGAGCAAGAAUAUCACAUUCUUCUUCUUGUUUCCCUUGCAAACUCUAAAGGUGGUUACAACACAUGAAAUGUGCAAUUAAACAAUCUCAGAUCAGACCGUUUUAGGUUGCAAGAUUAACCUGAAGGCGACGUCUGAACAAAAUAAUUCCUGAAAAAUUGAACUUUCUGCAAAAUGAUUAAGAUUGUUAUGAUCAAAUCAUAUAAAUUGCUUGUAUAGAUGCAGUUGUCUUCUUUGUGUAUACAUUGUUUGAUGUGAUUAUCUGAAAUAAUAGAUUUGUGUAAAAUUAUGUCGUUUUAAUUUAAUGCUUCCUUUCUCAGUCACGUUUCUCUCUCUCUCUCUCUCCCUCUCUUUUCCC